GUCGUGCGGCAACGCAUCGCGACUACGAAAUUUAUAUCCUCGCGAACUUCGCCACCUUGCAGAUUCACACGAUCGUCUGUGACCGUGGAAAAACAUCAAAGACGACGAUCGUUCGCAUCGAUGUUUUUUAAUCGCGUGAGAUCCGUAUAUAGAAACGAAUAACGUCCCGGGAGAAACGAGACGUAACGAUGCCAACGAUGCCGACAACGAUACUAAAUUAUGUAACAAUUAUUAUGUGCGCCUGAACAAUGAUAAUGCGUAUGAAAAAGACGAGUUUUCCCGUCGUUCUGAACGAUUUUUGGAAAAUAAGAAAAAAAAAACGACACGCAACUCGUCGAUCUUUCAUUGGCAAAACAAAAUGUGUUUAAAAAAACAAAACGGUGUAAAAUUAAUUAAAUACUCUUGUAAAGAAAUCUGAAUCUUAAAUGUUAAAUGUCGCCGUCGAAUGUAUGCGAUUGAUCUAGCGAUCAUUGACAUUUCCUCAGUCGAAACGUCGGUGCAUACAAAACACUUAGGAAUAAUAGGCACGUGUCAUUGGUCGAACUUGUACUGUUAAUUAACAUGGAUGAUUAAUCAUGCCGUGUGCGACAUCAAUAACGCGUGCCCCGUAUGCGAAGUAUUAAAUCAAAGACUAUCAAACUCCGUCGCAUGGCCAUUGUGAAAGGCAACGAAUAUUCGUCACAUUGUGACUACAUUUAAAGAACAAUGGCUUUAGCGGUGGAAACGUAUCCGGAAGUUACCGAAUAUGGAGAGAGAGGAAAUGAGAAAACCACUGGAUUCGGCAAAUUGUUGUUAAAAUUCAUAGCCAUUUAUUGGCGAUCUUUCAUCGUGAUAGUGUGGCCAUUAGUCUUGAUACCGAUACUGACAGUCGAAAGUGAUAAACCCCAAGCAAUGAAGUGUUUAUACGUCGUCGCGUUAAUGGCGAUGUACUGGGUGACUGAAGUCGUACCAUUACCCGUCACGGGUAUGAUUCCGGUGGUGCUGUAUCCGCUGUUGGGCAUCAUGUCAACUAACGAAACAUGUCUGUGUUACAUGAACGACACUACAAUGAUGUUCGUUGGCAGUUUAGUGAUCGCGGUGGUCAUCGAGAAUUCUGGUCUGCAUAUGCGAGUGGCGCUGUUCAUUAUCAAAACCAUCGGUUGCAGUCAUCGAAGGUUAACAUUGGGCUUGUUCUUUGUAACGAUGUUUAUCUCAAUGUGGAUUUCGAACACCGCCGCCACUGCAAUGAUGAUACCCAUAAUGGAAACUGUUCUUGUGGAACUCGAAGCGCAAGGACUCGGAAACAUGUUCGUCCAAACGGAAGGAACAAUCGAAGAGAAUAGCGGAGAAGCAAACAAAAGGCCAACGCACAGUACAAUGGUAUAUUAUCUCGUAGCAGCUUAUGCAUCCAGUCUUGGCGGUAUUGGUACUAUUGUCGGAAGCGGUACCAAUUUAACGUUCAAAGGUUUUCUAGAGAAACGCUUUCCCCUUAGCCCCGGAAUAAAUUUUGCUUCUUGGAUGUUGUAUUCGGUACCGCCCAUGUUGCUGAUGGGUAUUCUGACAUGGUUGUGGCUGCAGGUGAUGUAUAUGGGUCUCUUCAGACCGGAAAGCAAAGACGCUCGCGCAAUAGACAUCGGACAGCAGGGCGAGCAAGUUGCAGCGUCGGUCAUUCAGAAGAGAUACAAGGAACUCGGGCCAAUCUCGUGGCAUGAAUCUUCCGUGGGUAUUUUAUUCAUUAUCGUCGUGCUCCUGUGGUUCUUCAGGAAUCCUGGAUUUAUGCCGGGUUGGGCCGCUUAUGUCACCAACUUACGUGUCAAGGACUCCACGGCAGCCAUGUGCGUGACAAUACUGUUCUUCUUCAUCCCGUCGAAGUUGGACUUCUUGCAGGCAUUCAACAAAGAUCCAAGCAAGCGGCCUACGAAACCGUCGCCCGGGCUGAUAACGUGGAAAAUAAUAAAUCAGAAGAUGCAUUGGAGUCUAAUAUUCGUAUUGGGCGGUGGAUUUGCCAUUUCGGCAGGUAGUACUGAAUCAGGACUGUCGGGGAUGCUCGGUCAGUCACUGAUAGGUUUGCAGAAGAUCAACGUUGUGGCGAUAUUGCUCAUUGUUUGCUUCUUCGCCGAAAAUGUGACAGAAUUAACAUCCAACGUGGCUGUCGCAAAUAUCAUAUUGCCAGUAUUAGCAGAAAUGUGUGUAGCUAUUAAAAUACAUCCUUUGUAUUUAAUGCUACCAGCGGCUCUUUGCUGCUCAUUUUCGUUUCACUUGCCCGUCGGUACUCCACCCAAUGCGAUUGCAAGCGCCGCCGGACGCAUAAAAACGAAAGAUUUCAUCAUCGCCGGUAUCGGGCCUAGCAUUAUCACACUCGUCAUCACUGCGGUUGCAUUCCCUACGUGGGGCACAUAUGUAUUCGACUUGUCAAAGUUUCCCGAAUGGGCCAUUUAGCGUUUGUACUAUAAUCUUACAUUAUUCGACUUAUAUUUAUAUGCUUUAUCCAAGAACAACAACAAAAAUAUUUUUUGCACAUUCACAAUCAUUACAUUUUUCACUACAUCAUUUUAUACUGUUCUUCUUCUUUGAUCAAUUCCAAAGAUGUCUAAAGAAACAAACUCGCGUAAUUGCAAAGUUUAAUUUGUACAAAACGAAGGACAUUAAAAGACUGGAUUAUAAACAGUGCCUUAAUAUAUUAAUAAUGUUAUCGUGCGUAAACGGGAGGCACAAUUUUUGACAAUACGAUAACGAAUUAUAUAAUAAUUAGAAUAAUUUUGCACACAAUAUGAUAUUGUAUGAUAUUUAUAAUAUUUAUUUAUUUUUCUUAACUAUUUCAUGUCACAUGUACAGUACUAAAGAAAGUUACUUUUAAUGAGUACCAACACUCAUACAUAAAAUAUGAUAUUUACUUUAAACUAUUUCAUGUUAUGUUACGUAUAAUACUAAAGAAAGUUAAUUCUAAUGAGUACUAAUACUCAUACAUUUGCUUUAUCGACUGAGAUCUGUUGACAAUAUUGACAUGUUAAGUCAAUUAAAAACUCCAAUACAUACAUUAUAUAUAUAUAUAUAUAUUCAUAUACAUAAAUAUUCUCAUGUAUUCAAAAACUAGAUGGAUAUGUAUAUACAUGGCAAAUAUUUAUUUUAACUCUUACAGCUCUUGAUGCGAUUUGCCGGUAUAUACUAUAUAAUAUACUUUGUGGGAGAUAUAUAUAUUCAUUACAACAGUAAUAAUAUUAACUCUCAAACGACACACUUUUAACAGAAAUUAAUUAAUUUUUUAACAGAAACAUACUAUGUCAUACUAAGUCACUUUUGAUAUUAGUAACAAUAAAAAUGUUUUAAACAAAAAAAAAUAAA